AUGGCCAGAACUUUUUUCGUCGGUGGUAACUUCAAGCUAAACGGUACCAAACAAUCCAUCAAGGAAAUCGUUGAGAGAUUGAACACCGCUUCUCUACCUCAAGACGUUGAAGUCGUUCUAUGUCCACCAGCCCCAUACUUGGACUACGCUACCUCUUUGGUUUCCAAGCCUCAGGUCACCAUUGGUGCCCAGAACGCCUACUUGAAGGCUUCCGGUGCCUUCACUGGUGAAAACUCUGUUGAACAGAUCAAGGACGUUGGUGCCAAGUGGGUCAUCUUGGGUCACUCCGAGAGAAGAACCAUCUUCGGCGAAGACGACAAAUUGAUCGCUGAAAAGUCCAAAUUCGCCUUGGACCAAGGUUUGGGCGUCAUCUACUGUAUCGGUGAGACUUUGGAAGAAAAGAAGGCCGGUAACACCCUAAAGGUCGUCGAGACCCAAUUAGACGCCGCUUUCGCUCAAAUCAAAGACUGGACCAACGUCGUCAUUGCCUACGAGCCUGUGUGGGCCAUCGGUACCGGUUUGGCUGCCACCCCAGAGGAUGCUCAGGAAAUCCACGCUCACAUCAGAGAAUACUUGGCCAAGAAGGUCGGCUCUGACGUUGCUGAGAAGACCAGAAUCUUGUACGGUGGUUCCGCAAACGGUUCGAACGCUGUCACCUUCAAGGACAAGAAGGACGUUGACGGUUUCCUAGUUGGUGGUGCUUCUUUGAAGCCAGAGUUUGUCGACAUCGUCAACUCCAGAAACUAA